AUUUGCCGGCAGAAUAAUUUUAAGCGAAAUUAACUUCCACCCUUACGAAUAGAAACAUGGAAGUGGAGAUACCUAACCCGCUUAUUACUGAUGACUCCGACGAUUCCAGCGUGAACCUGAAAUCCUGGAGCUCCGUCACGGAAAGUGUCCAUAGUUUCCUGGCGAUAUGGCCCACAUUAUUGGGUUUCAUCCUCUCGCGGCUUCUUUUUGGCCACCUGCCACAGCACUCCACGCAAAGAUUCCUUCUGGAGUUCAUCUUGAUUGGCUUUCCCUCUGUGAUUCUGAUCACCGUGGGCAGUGACUAUAGCGUCAUGUAUUCCCUGGUGGUUACCAUAGUUACUUUGGCUUAUCUGUACGCAAAUGGAGAAGGUGAUCCUUCUCCGAAGCCAAAGUACGAAGUGGGCAAACGACCUAUUGUCUUUACCCUGAUGAGAGCCACCGCCUAUAGUGGAACCUGUGCCGCCAUUCUGGCAGUGGAUUUCCCAUCUUAUCCCACUGAAUACCGCAAGAGCAGGACAUUCGGAGCCUCUGCAAUGGACAUGGGCAUCGGUCUGUUCGUAGUUACCAUGGGAUUGGUUUCAAAUCGUGCCAAAGACUUUGGUGAUCUGAGGAAACUGCCCAGAUCGGUGGUUCCAUUGCUGGUUCUGGGCUUAGCCCGGACAAUUGUCAUCACAGCGAUUCACUAUCACCAGGAUGAGGCAGAAUAUGGCAAGCAUUUGAAUGCUUUUUUCAUCUUGGGCUUCACCAAACUGAUGGGCAGCUGCUACAGUCUGCUGGCGAAGUCCGAUGGUCAGCUUCUGACUCUAGCGUUGGGCUUGCUUUUCCUGCACGAACUUGUGCUGCAGCUGGGCCUUUCCCAGUUUGUGAUGUCUGGUGCUCCCCGUAAUGGUUUCCUAAGAGCCAAUCGAGAGGGUCUAAGCUCCCUACACGGAUGCGUGGCUCUCUAUCUGCUUAGCAUUUACCUGUCCAAGUGGUACACCGCUCUGGAUUAUCUCAGCUACAAACAGUUAACCACCAAGUUGAAGAAACUGCUUGUUGCGGCCGUUCUCUGUUGGCUACUUGCCUUCAGCAGCGCCUUUUUAACAGGCAUUUCUCGUGUAACCUUUAGCUUUGGCUAUGUGAGCUGGAUGUUCGCCGUCUGCCUAAGCCUGAUUCUUAUAUAUGCAUUUUUCUUCGAACUUAAACAAGUUGGUAACCCUAGACCGAUUGGAGAUGGCGACAAGCUAACUAGCCAAUCCCUACCCACCUUUGUUGAGAGCCUCAACAUGAAUGGUCUGACGCACUUUAUGCUGUCUAACUUCCUUACGGGGCUGGUUAACUUGGCUCUGAAGCCGGAAAACCGAGAUGAUAUCGAGUCUGUGGUUAUACUCUCCGUCUAUAUGUUCGUAUGUGCCGGAGUGGUCUUUGUUAUGCUUAAGAAGCGUAUACGUUUAGCCUAGUUUGUAGAUAUUAGCCAAAAAUAUGUGAUAUGUACUUAUAAGUAAUAUCGAAAUUCCUUUAAAGUUUAAACGGUUGUUGUUUAAAUCCUGAAUAAGCUUCCGAAAUUAUUAAAAGACCAUACAUACA